AUGUUUAGCGCGACCGAACUCGAACGAUAUGAAGUUGUUCCAGAAGCAGACCCCACGACCAUGGAGCAACCCAUCUCAGACGUGCUACCUAACGUAGAGAUGGUUGCCGAAAGGCCUUCAGAAGCGGAUGCGGACGGAACAACUUCCCAGGAUAUAGAGCAUAUGAGGAGCAUACUAGAAGGGGCGAUUCUAGAGAUCCGAAGAACUCACCUCGAAGAGAGACCGAAGCUGCCCCGGAUACAUCCAAAUGUGGCGACGCGGGAUGCCAUUGAGGCCGCAAAUGGACUGCUGCCUCAAUACCUUGAGGGCAGCGGUGACCUGGGAGAGACGAGUUCAAUCCUGUUUGGCGCUGCGUUGGCAGUAUGCCGAUAUACCGGCGCAAAAAUGCCCCGGGCUGGACGUAAUAUCCAAAGGGAUAAUGCGAAACCAGCCUGGAAAAGAAGGAUUGAGCGACGGAUCACCCAGGCCAGGGUCCUCAUUGGCAGACUGCUCUGCUUCAGGGAGGGCAAUACACGCCCGAGAAUUAUGCGCUCCGUAAAAAAGGCCUUUGCUGGGACAGGUGUACGUCUGUUCCAGCCGGACUUCGGACAAAAACUUACGGAGCGUAUAGAUGACCUGAAGCAAAAGGUCGCUGCAUGGGGGACGCGACUCCGACGGUACUCUGAGAGGGUCGAGAGGUAUCAACAGAAUCGUCUCUUUACGAGUGAUCAACGGAAGUUUUAUAGAAACUUGGAGCGCCCAAAACUACAGCCCACAGGACAAAGACCCGAGACAGCCAAUUUCGUCGCCUUCUGGCGACAGCUGUGGUCUGAACCUGUGGAACAUGAGGAGGGCGCAUGGAUGCACGGUGUUGAGGAAGCAUGUGCUCGAAUAACACCGAUGAACGUCAUUGCCAUUACGCAGGAGGACGUGGUUGCUGCGAUCCGUCGGGCUCCGAACUGGAAAAGUCCGGGAAUCGACGGAUUGCAACACUACUGGUUAAAGGCGUUCUCGGCCAGCCAUGCAACCUUAGCCGUGCAAUUCCAGAGUGCCCUCGAAAACAGGGCGCUCCCGAACUUCCUUACAACCGGGAUCACUCAUUUAGCUCCUAAGACGGACGAUACCGCGGAUCCAUCUAAAUAUCGCCCCAUAACUUGUCUUACGACAAUAUAUAAGACGUUAACAUCUGUUCUGAGCGCUAAGAUCUCUCGUCAUGUGUACGAAAAUAAGAUCCUAUCUAGCGCUCAGAACGGAUGCAGGGGCGGUAGCCGCGGAUCGAAGGAGCUUCUCCUCAUUGAUGCUGUCGCUGGCCAAGUGGUUAAGCGGAACCGUCGGAAUUUCUCCGCUGCUUGGAUAGACUAUAAAAAGGCGUUCGAUUCCGUGCCCCACUCAUGGCUUCGGAGGAUACUCGAGCUGUACAAGAUCGACGGUACGGUUCGGGUGUUCCUGGAGACAUGCAUGGGGCAAUGUACGACGAUCCUGUCUAUCCAGGGCGAGCGAUUAACGGAUACCGCUGACCGGAUUGAGAUUAAGAGGGGAAUAUUCCAGGGCGAUUGUUUGAGUCCACUUUGGUUUUGCCUGUCCCUGAAUCCUCUCAGUACUUUACUGGAGAAUUCGGGGACUGGAUUUCAGUAUCGGAGAGGAGGUACACGAGUGCCUCACCUUCUGUACAUGGAUGACUUGAAACUACUAGCUCCGAUGUCGAACGCCUGA